AAUAUGUACAAUGAGACAACGCGCUUUGCAUCUCCGAUCACUAUUCAACUCAAUACCGCAUCAUCGUCUUCACUAUCAUCCUUCACGCCUCACCCAUUUGCAGACGACUCUAAGCUCCCCUUCGCAUUAUUCUUCUUUAUCGAAUCAGCAGACUCGAUACCCUCAAAAGGCUUUCUUUAAAUCAGAUAACAAAGAUGCAUUCAUCACCCAUUUGUGCAGGGAGAAGAAAUUCAAGGAAGCCUUUGAUAUACUCUGCCAGAAACGGCGUUUAGAAGAUGCCAUUCGACUACUUGAAAACGAAAUUGGCUACCCGUUUGCUGCCAUAUACUCGGCACUUUUCCAGCUCUGCAUUGAGCAGCGAGCGCUUGAGGAGGGGAGGAAAGUGCACGCCCACUUAAAAAGAUCUAAUUUUACGCCCGGGGUUUUCAUCUCCAAUCGAAUUAUUGAGUUUUAUUGCAAAUGUGAUAGACCCUCGGAAGCCCGUCAAGUGUUUGAUGAAAUGGGUGAGAGGGACUUGUGUUCUUGGAAUAUUUUGAUUUCUGGUUACGCGAAAGCUGGGUUGAUUGAGGAUGCGAGGAAAUUGUUUGAUGAAAUGCCCGAGAGAGACAACUUCUCUUGGACGGCCAUGAUUUCAGGUUAUGUUAGGUAUGCCAAGCCUAAAGAUGCACUGAAGUUGUACGGAGUGAUGCAGAGAUAUGAGGGCUGUAAGUCUAAUAAAUUUACAGUUUCUAGUGCUCUGGCGGCUUCAGCUUCAAUUCAGUCUUUAUGGCUGGGGAAGGAGAUUCAUUGCCAUAUUAUGAGGACGGGGUUGGAUACAGAUGCUGCUGUUUGGAGUGCAUUGUCUGACAUGUAUGGAAAAUGUGGGAGCGUUGAUGAAGCAAGGCACAUUUUUGAUAGGACGUUGGAUAAAGACGUGGUUUCUUGGACAGCAAUGAUUGAUAGGUACUUUGAGGAUGGGAGAUGGGAGGAGGGCUUUUCGUUGUUCUCGAAUUUGUUGGACUCGGGCUUUAUGCCAAAUGAGUUUACAUUUGCUGGGCUUUUGAAUGCCUGUGCAUGUCAAACGACCGAGUGUUUGGGUAAACAAAUUCAUGGUUACAUGGUGCGGUAUGGGUAUGAUAUUCUUGCUUUUGCUACAAGUGCCCUUGUUCAUAUGUAUGCCAAAUGUGGAAAUAUUGGAAGUGCUUAUAAUGUUUUUAAGCAGCUUCCAAGACCUGAUUUAGUUUCUUGGACUUCACUUAUCAAUGGUUUUGCCCAAAAUGGUCAACCCCUCGAGGCGCUUGUGUAUUUUGAGCGGCUGCUAGAAUCUGGUAUUCGGCCUGAUCACAUUACCUUUAUUGGGGUUCUUUCUUCAUGCACCCAUGCCAGGCUAGUUGAUAAGGGGCUUGAGUAUUUCCACUCGAUAAAGGAAAAACAUGGAUUAACACAUACUCAAGAUCAUUAUGCUUGUGUGGUUGAUCUCUUGAGUUGUUCAGGAAGAUUUAAAGAGGUCGAAGACCUUUUAAAUCAAAUGCCAAUGAAGCCCGAUAAGUUCCUAUGGUCUUCUUUACUUGGUGGCUGCAGAAUUCAUGGAAACCUUGAAGUUGCAAGACGAGCAGCUGAAGCACUGUUUGAAAUAGAACCUGAUAAUGCAGCUACUUAUGUCACCCUUGCAAACAUGUAUGCGAACUCUGGUAAAUGGGAUGAAGUGGCGAAGAUUAGAAGAACCAUGGAUGAUAGAGGAGUGGUAAAGAAACCGGGUAAGAGCUGGAUUCAUGCCCAGAGGAAAGUCCAUGUUUUCUUAGUUGGUGAUGAUUCACAUCCGAGAUCUAAAGAAAUAUACACGUUCUUGGCUGAACUUUCAAAGAAAAUGAAAGAAGAUGGCUAUAUCCCGGACACAGAUAUGGUGCUACACGAUGUUGAAGAAGAGCAGAAAGAGCAGAACCUAUCCUAUCACAGCGAAAAGCUUGCAGUUGCAUUUGGCGUUAUUUCUACUCCGCCCGGAACACCAAUUAAGGUCUUCAAGAAUCUACGGAUUUGUGUUGACUGCCAUACCGCCAUGAAAUAUAUCUCAAAGAUUGUGCAGAGAAGAAUAAUCAUCCGGGAUUCAAGUCGCUUCCACUGUUUUCAGGACGGAGCCUGUUCAUGCAGCGACUACUGGUGAUUUUGGCUUCCCAGUAGGCGGGUUGACGGCAGUGGAGGAAGAGAAUAGCUGUUGGAAUGAGGGAAGAUGUGGUUGAGAUAACGAAGCCUCGAACGGACAAACGGGAGUACAGAAGAAUCGUGCUUCCGAAUUCUCUGGAGUGUGCUGCUUCCAUGGAUGUUGGGGUUGGUGCCUUUAGCAAUCCAAAGGAUCUUGAAGGCCUUGCCCAUUUCCUAGGUACGGCCCCAAAAACUGGUGUAAACAAUGAUUUGGUGGGAAGAAACCGACAAGAAGUUCCAGGCUUGGCCUCGCACUGCAGGUCCCCCGGCCCGGUUGUUAUGAAUCCCAUCAGCCGCCAAAAGAAUGAUGGUCGAUCUAGUUGCAAUGUUGCCAUCUCCAGUUUGAAUGCAUAAGAUGGCGAUUGUGCUUCAAGCAAUGAUAGAUUGGAUUCACAUGACUUUCUUAAUUCAACUUCACUUCAAUGAACACAAUUCAGGAGUGUAAUUUAAAUAAAUUUUUGCAGUGUCUUUCCAAACAUUCUAUUCUUUUGUACCGAGCUCUUUCUUUGUACUGAGUUGCCUAUGGUGACCAAAUUUUUUAUGGAAAUGGAAUUUUGUAUUGUUAA